AUCCAUCGCGACUGAAAGGAGCCGACCUAGAGUACAGGGGCAAUUAAGUAAUUCAACUAUCAACCAAGAAGCAAGAGGGAGCUUCUUUUGAGGAAACGAAAAUCCCCCAACGGCACUUUGAAAUGGCAACUCUACGAAGCUUCAGAAAACCAUCGCAUCCUCUCUCCUCCUCUACCAAUUCAAACCCUUACCCUAGAAAAACCCUAACCCUAGGAAAAAACCCCAUAACGCCAAAACCUGAUAUUGCAAAAUCUGUAUCCGAUUCUUUAACUUCAGCGAAAAUCAUCUCCGCCCUCGAAGGCGGGAAUCUCGAAUCCCUGCUCAGUUCCACCUCCAAUCUCAAUCCCCCAAUCGUCGUCGACGUCCUAUCCAAAUGCAGCUCGAAUCCAGUGCUAUCGCUGAAAUUCGUCGAUCUCAUAAAAGGAUCGAAUUCCUUCAAACACUCCUCGGAUUCUCUAAGCGCGAUGAUCCACACGCUUGUACGGAGCCGCAGGACCUCAGAAGCGCAGGCGCUGAUCCUCCAGAUGGUCCGCAGGAGCGGUGCUUCGCGCCCCGAGAUAGUCGAGUCUCUCAUAUCCACGUGUACAGUAAGCAAUUCGAAUCCUAUGGUUUUCGAUCUAUUGGUUCGAACCUAUGUCCAGGCGCGGAAAGUGAGGGAAGCUUCAGAAGCGUUCCGGAUUUUGAAAAGCCGGGGUUUUACACCGUCUGUGAAUGCGUGCAAUAGCCUUUUAGGUGGGCUGGUUAGGGUCGGUUGGGUCGAGAUGGCAUGGGAGAUUUAUAGAGACAUUUCUGGGAGCGGAAUUCAAUUGAAUGUGUAUACAUUGAAUAUCAUGAUAAAUGCAUUCUGUAAAGAAAAGAAAAUGGAGAAGGCGGAAUCAUUUUUAUCUGAAAUGGAGCAGAAGGGCUUUUUUGCCGAUAGAGUGACUUACCAUACGUUAGUUGAUGCAUAUUGUCGCGAUGGACUUUUGGAAAAAGCUUUUGUGUCAUUGAAUUCGAUGCUGGGUAAGGGACUACAGCCUGAUGUAGUUGUCUAUAAUUCGAUUAUAAAUGGAUUUUGUAGGAUUGGGAUGUAUGAAAGAGGAGUGGAGAUUUUGGGUGAGAUGGUCAAUAUUGGGUUGAGUCCGAAUACAGCUACUUAUAAUAUAUUGCUUGGCGGGUGUUGUAAAAAGGGCUGUAUAGGUGAUGCUAUGAAGAUUUAUAAGGAGAUGCUGGGUCGGGCUCUUGUUCCUGAUAUAGUGAGCUUUAGUUUGCUUAUUGGCUUGUUUUCAAGGAAAGGCGAUCUUGAUCGGGCACUAUUGUAUUUUAGAGAUAUGAAGGGUGUUGGAUUGGUCCCAGAUAGUGUGAUUUAUACUAUGUUGAUUGGUGGGUUUUGUAGAAUUGGUUUGAUCUCUGAGGCUCUCAAGAUGCGGGAUGAAAUGGUGGAGACAGGUUGUCUUCCAGAUGUAGUUACGUACAAUACGAUCUUGAAUGGAAUGUGCAAGGAGAAGAGGUUAUUGGAUGCAUUUGAGCUUUUUAAUGAAAUGGUGGGGAGGGGGGUAACUCCUGAUUAUUACACCUUUACUACUCUUAUUUACGGUUAUUGUAAGGACGGUAGUCUAGAGAAAGCACUGGGUUUGUUCGAUAUGAUGAUUGAAAAAAAUCUCAAACCAGAUAUUGUCACGUACAAUACUUUGAUUGAUGGGUUUUGCAAAGAAGGUGAUGUGGAGAAGGCUAAUGAGCUGUGGGAUGACAUGACAUGCAGAAAAAUCUUUCCUAAUCAGGUCACAUAUAGCAUUUUAAUAGACGAACUCUGUAGUAAAGGGCGUGUUGUUGAGGCAUUCAGGUUAUGGGAUGAAAUGGUGGCGAAAAGCAUAAUGCCCAAUGUGGUGACUUACAACUCUGUUGUUAAAGGCUAUUGUCGGUCGGGGAAUGCAACAAAGGCAAAAGAGUUCUUUAGUAAGAUGAUGGGGGAAGGUGUUCUUCCAGAUAGGAUAACAUAUAACACUCUAAUUCAUGGUUUUGUGAAAGAAGAGAAGAUGGGGGAGGCCUUUGCUUUGGUCGACAAAAUGGAAAGCCGAGGGGUCCUACCUGAUGCUAUUACAUACAAUGCACUCCUGAAUGGGUUUUGUGGACAAGGAAGAAUGCAAGAAGCUGAUUUCAUCUUUAAGAAGAUGAUUAAGAGCGGUCUUGCACCUGAUGGAUCUACAUAUGCAUCACUUAUAAAUGGAUAUGUUGCCCAGGACAACUUGAAGGAGGCAUUUCGACUGCAUGAUGAAAUGCUGCAGAGGGGCUUCAUACCUGAUGAUAAGUUCUGAUAACCUUUUCUUUGCCUAAAUGUUUCAGCAUGACCCGUUCCUUAAUCAACACGCCUCAGGCGCCACCAAGUCGAUUUGUGGAAAAGAGUGGAGUCUCAUGUGGCUUGAAGGUCUACUUGCAAAUAUGAUUAUGGAGGACCAAAAAAAGGCUGAAUUAAUUCAAGCACAUCUAAAAGUGUACUUAUUUAAGCACUUUCCUAUGAUGUUAAGGUAAUAACAUGUGCAAGCCUGCAACUGAUGUAAUAGAUGUGCAUUACAGGAACAAAGCAUUAAGAGAAA